AUAAUAAGUAGCAGAGACUUGCAAGACUGGUCGUUCCUCACCUGCUUAGGCAUUGUGGUAGCACUGCUCAGUUUUGUCAUCGACGUCUUUGUCGAAAUCAGUGUUUAUGCACACAGAUCGUUGUACAAAAUGACGUCAUCAAACAGUUAUCUCCAAUUUUUUUGCUGGGUCACCUACCCCAUCAUACUUGUCUCGUUCUCCACCGGGUUCACCAGACUUGUCGGACCUACUGCUAUUGGCUCUGGCAUACCGGAAGUGAAGACGAUAAUGAAAGGAGUGGUCCUGAAGGAGUACUUGACCUUGAGAACUCUGGUGGCCAAGGUCGUUGGACUCUCCGCCUCUCUAGGCUCUGGCCUUCCUCUUGGUAAAGUGGGGCCCUUCGUCCACAUUUCCAGUGUUUCAGCUGCUGUUCUGUCCAAGUUAUUCCCACUCUUCAGACAUAUCAAGGAGAACGAAUCUCUACAAAUCGACAUUUUGACGGCGGCAUCGGCCGUCGGUGUGUCAUGCACGUUCGGAGCACCAAUUGGAGGUGUCUUGUUUAGCGUCGAGGCGACAGCUACAUAUUUCGCAGUUCGGAAUUAUUGGCGGGGAUUUUAUUCUGCCAUGUGUGGAGCGCUGACAUUCAGGCUACUGUCCGACAGACAAACAAACAAACACUCAGAAACCCUGACUCACCUGUUCAAAACAGACUUGCGACAAACACUGCCCUACGAUGUUUUCGAACUCGUGGCCUUCGUCUUCGUCGGAUGCAUAUGUGGGAUUCUGGGGGCUGGAUUUGUAUGGUUGCACAAAGGAACCGUCAUAUUCAUCAGGAAACACAAAAGACUCAACAAUCUUCUUCAAAAAUCACGUUUUCUCUACCCCUUCCUAAUCACCUUCAUCAUCUUCCUUAACACGUACCCCGCCGGUUUGGGAAAGUUCAUGGCCGGUCAGCUGACUUUGAAGGAGGCAAUCAACCAGAUGUUCGACAACAUGACUUGGAUAACUGCUGAGCCACAAAAUGAAAUGGAGAUGAGAUACUUGAAAACCUGGCAAGGUCCAUGGGAUAAUGUUCUCCUAACUCUCGGCCUCUAUCUUAUUAUGAAGUUUUGGAUGUGUGCCAUCGCCACCACCCUCCCCAUCCCUUGCGGUGUCUUCAUACCUGCCUUUGCGCUUGGGGCAGGAGCGGGCAGAUUCGUGGGAGAAGUGAUAGCCUACUUCUGUCCAGAGGGCAUACGGGGCAAGAUGAUCCUGCCCGGGGCGUACUCCCUCGUAGGGGCUGCCACACUUUCAGGGGCCAUGUCCCAUACGGUCUCACCCGCUGUUGUCGUCUUCGAGUUAACCGGACAUAUGGGCCAUCUUCUCCCAUGCGUGAUAGCGGUGAUGGUGGCAGGGGCGACAGCCAACUUCAUCCAGCCCUCCAUGUACGACGCCAUGAUUGAGAUCAAGAAACUUCCAUACCUUCCGCAUAAAAUCAAUCCAGAGACCUGCAACGCCCACGAUGUGACAGCAGAAGACAUAAUGGUACGUGACAUACAAUGCAUAUCAGAUGAAUGCACCUACGGAGACAUCUGGAAGGCUGUUAGCGAGCUCAAAUUCAGAUCUUAUCCGUUCGUCAGUGGGAAAGGCAAUAAAUUACUCGGCUCCGUUCUGAGGUCUGACUUGAAGUACAUGCUCUUCCGACAUUUCGCCUACACGACCUUCAACUUCAACACGAACGUGGCCAGCCGCACGAACGUUGCCAGUCGACAGCACAGACAAAUUCAGCUAACCAUGGAUGAGAAAUCUCCGACCAAGCUAGGGCAGCACGACCUGGGAAGCGAUGAGAAGAUGGCCCUGGAAGACCAGCUCUUGAAUGAGCGAGCGGAUUUUCAGACGUGCCCUAUCGACCCUGCUCCUUUUCAGAUACCCAGCAAGACCUCUCUUUAUAGAAUACACUGGUUGUUCUCCUUGCUAAGUUUGCAUCAUGCCUUUGUAACGGAGGAUGGAAAAAUACUUGGAGUCGUAUCUCUGGCUGAGGUACGAAGUGCUAUCCAAAAUCAAGUUGAAACAAUGAGUGCAUGAUGAAUGGAUGGAUAGAUGAAUUAGUGGAUAGAUGAAUGUUAACAAUUCUUCGGUAUUGUUUGUACCACAACUUGCCCUAUUUAUGAUGUAGAGUUAGGCACAUAUAUUACAUACAAAUUUCAACUAUGAUAAUUCUAAUUUAUUUCUAUUUUGAUUUUUACGCUAUUCACAAUCGUGAAUGGAUGGAUGGGCUGAAGGUAUGAAUAGAUGAUAGAAUGAAUGAAUGAACGAACGAAUGAACGAACGAACGAAUGAAUGAAUGAAUGAAUGAAUACAAUUUUAAUAAUUUCAUCUAAUGAUCUGAUCCAGUCAAUAACACAAUGAAUAUUUUAAUCUAUUUAUUUUAUUCACUUAUUUAUUUCAUUUAAUUUAAAAUGUAUCUAAUAAAUAAAGAAACAAACAAAUGAAUAAACAAA